AUGCCUCCGCCAAUCGAGGAAGAAGAAGAGAUUGAUCCGGACGAGGGUUCUUCUUCCGAUCAGUUGGCCAGUGAUGAGACUGUCCUCAACAAUGCAGACGUUUUGAUUGAUCCAUCACGAAGUGUUCAGAGCAGAGUGUCCCCUGAACGUGUCGUCAGUGAUAUCCCUCUUGUCACCAGCGAUAUUCAACCAACCAAGGUGACUGCCCCCGCAUCCGUAUCCCAGGAACUGAGUCGCCGGGAAACUGGCAUUAAAACGCAAAUCACCUCCAAAGAGGUCCAACUACGGCGUGGCGGCGAAACGGAGGAGGGGCAAUCCAAGAGUUCUGCCUUGCGUCUACUGCGCUCGUCGACUGGCAAACGAUCCUAA